AUGAAGUUCCUCACUUCUUUUGCGCUAAGCGCAACGGCAACUGCCAUGGUGCUCGUCAACCCCGAACAACAACCGUUGGCGCCUUCAAUCGUUCAAACCCCUCAGUCCAAGUCUUUGAUCGAGCUGGCCCCAUACCGAACCCGGUGGGUCACCGAUGAAGAAAAAUGGUCCCUAAAAUUGGAUGGUGUAAACUUCAUUGAUGUCACCGAGGAAUAUCAAUCAGGCGCUUACGGCACCCUCUACACCACCCGGACUGUAAAAUACCCAGGGGAGAUGUCUCAUUCGGAAGCAAUUCACCCGCUAUUUAAAACCCUCGAUAAAAAAAACAUGCGCAGCAACCUCGAACACUUCACCUCCUUCCAUACCCGGUACUACAAAUCCCAAACGGGCAUUGAGUCCGCAACCUGGCUCUUUGACCAAGUAACCGCCGCGAUCCACGAAUCUGGCGCCAGCGACCACGGCGCCACCGUCGAGCGCUUCGCCCACCCCUGGGGCCAGUUCAGCAUCAUCGCCCGCAUCCCCGGCGAGACCAACAAUACAGUCGUGCUCGGCUCCCACCAGGACAGCAUCAACCUCUUCUUCCCGUCAUUCCUGGCCGCUCCCGGCGCCGACGACGAUGGCAGCGGAACGGUGACUAUCCUCGAAGCUCUUCGCGCCCUGCUGCGGUCGGAGACCAUCGCACACGGUAAAGCCCGCAACACAGUUGAGUUCCACUGGUACUCCGCCGAAGAGGGCGGUCUGCUCGGCUCGCAGGCUGUCUAUGCGCAGUACAAGAAGGACGCGCGCAAUGUAAAGGCCAUGCUACAACAGGAUAUGACAGGCUACGUGCAGGGUACUCUUGACGCGGGACAGGAGGAGUCUGUCGGUGUUAUUGUUGAUUUUGUUGAUCCCGGAUUGACUGCUUUCAUCAAGGAGGUUAUCACCGCUUACUGCGAUGUGCCCUAUGUUGAGACGAAAUGUGGAUAUGCGUGCUCGGAUCAUGCUUCUGCCAGUCGAUACGGAUACCCGUCUGCGUUUGUGAUCGAGUCCCAGUUCGAGAACUCGGAUAAGAAGAUCCACACCACCGAGGAUAAGAUCGAGUAUUUGAGCUUCGAUCAUAUGCUGCAGCAUGCGAAGAUGAGCUUGGCAUUUGCUUACGAGCUUGCCUUUGCUCCCUUCUGA